GAAAGUUAAUAUCGCGAUGUGGGAAUUGGGAUUAGCAAGCUAGGUGUGACGGAGGGGAGGAUGUUUCCAGUGUCCUUGUUUAUUGUUGGUGUUGGAUGCUGCUCCUCCUCCUCCUGCUGCUGCUGCUGCAAUAUUCGAGUUUUUCAUUUUGACACGAACACUAGCAGGGCAAUCAACAGCUAACACGCUAUGUUACAGUCGGAUUCUUCUGCUUCGGUUUCUACUAAAUCCGGUUCUGAUGAAGACGACAACCUCAUUGCUUUGGCUCGACAACAACUUCAAUCAAAUCCUCAGACUCCUCUCUCAUGGCCUUCAAAUGGAAAUCUGACGCUAGAUUGGGUCCUAGACCUUAUAUCCACAUUUGAUUGGUCUUCCAGAAAUCUGCCCCCUUCCGAUUUCUCUUCUGUAUUGCCUGUUCCGGUUUUCGACCAAUUUAUUCUUUUGGCGUCAAAGAUACUCCACAAGGAACCGAAUUGUGUUAACAUUGAUGGGUGCGCGCCGGAUUCCAGUGUCGUUGUGGUGGGUGAUGUUCAUGGUCAGCUGCACGAUGUGAUUUUCCUUUUUGAAAAUGCUGGAUUUCCCUCCGAGAAAAGGUUUUUCGUGUUUAAUGGAGAUUAUGUUGAUAGAGGGGCGUGGGGGCUUGAAACGUUUCUUUUGUUGUUGGCUUGGAAAAUCUUUUUGCCACAUAGAGUAUUUCUUCUACGAGGAAAUCAUGAAUCCAAAUACUGUACAUCUGUUUAUGGUUUUGAACAAGAGGUAAUGGUGAAAUAUGGAGAUCAAGGAAAGCAUGUGUACAGGAAAUGCCUAGGAUGCUUUGAAGGGCUUCCGUUGGCCUCUAUUAUUGCUGGACGUGUAUAUACAGCUCAUGGUGGACUUUUCCGCAGCAUGCCUGUCGCCUCAUCAAAGAGGGCCAAAGGGAAGAAAGGUCGUAGAACGGUUUUCAAACCGGAUAUUGAAUAUCUCUCACUUGGUUCUUUGGAGGAGUUAUCUAAAGCGAGAAGAUCAGUUCUUGAUCCUCCUUGGCAAGGCUUGAACUUGAUACCUGGUGAUGUGCUAUGGUCAGAUCCAUCAAUGAACCCUGGUCUUUCUCCAAAUAAAGAGAGAGGCAUUGGUCUGUUAUGGGGUCCUGACUGUACCGAGGAGUUCUUGAAAAAGUAUCAACUAAAGUUGAUUAUUAGAUCACAUGAAGGGCCUGAUGCUAGGGAAAAACGGUCCGGUCUUUCGGGAAUGCAAGAAGGAUAUACAAUUGAUCAUGUAGUACAGUCUGGGAAGCUGAUUACACUUUUCAGUGCUCCCGAUUACCCACAAUUCCAGGCUACAGAAGAGAGGUAUAAUAACAAGGGGGCGUACAUUGUGUUAGAACCCCCCUAUUUUGAUGACCCAGUUUUUCAUAGUUUCGUAGCCGUAUUGCCUAGGCCAAAGGCAAAUGCUUUCUAUAAUUACGAGGAUGUGAUUGAUUCAGAUGAAGAACUGGAUUUAGCAUCAAUGUGAGUGCUUCCUGACGGGUCACCUUCACAUGUAAUUUAAAGGAAAUGUAUUCUUUGUAAUUCGUAUGUAUUUAUAUACUGUCUUUGCACGUUCAAUAGUUGUGCACAGUGCACACUUUUUGUGUUUCUCCCCUUUCUUACCUUCUUUGAUUAUUCUUCAAAUAUAGAGAGCAUGUUAAAUUUAUCAAAGCGAGUAUGUUCUGAAAUUCCUUUUUGGAAAUGGAUUAUAUUCUUUUUCUUAA